GUACUAGACAGAUGACUCAGAUGCAGAGUAGAGAAUAAAAUGCUCUGGCGCACACAGAGAUCUCCGAGCUGGCCGGCACACUGCGGACCACUCGCGCUGCUGGAUCUCCGAACUACGGAUCCUUUGAUGGAAAAAACAGAAGAAGUUGUCAGUGAUAGUGACCAGUUUGAUCGUGGUGGUGUCUCUGUUUUUGGUGGUGAUUAAUUUCUCAGAGAAACCCUACUUCCUGCUGCACCCUGUAUUUGGCCAGUGCUUCAGUAGGAACUGGAUGUUCUCUCACUCGCCGCACAAAGCCUUCAAACCCCACCGUGGCUACCUCAGCAUCCCCAACCAGGAGCCGUUGAAGCUGAAUUGUAAGGUUUGCAGUAUAGUGUCCAGCUCUGGCCAGAUGCUGGGCCGAAAAGCAGGAGCUGAGAUCGACCAGUCCUCCUGCAUAUGGAGAAUGAACAGUGCACCCACCCGAGGCUUUGAGAGGGACGUGGGCCACAGAACAGACCUGAGAGUGGUGUCUCACACUAGUGUUCCUCUGCUAAUCCAAAAACCCCAGCACUUCUUUGGCCAGGGGAAUGAGACCGUCAAUGUGGUGUGGGGACCCUUGCGCAACAUGAGGCAGGAUGGCAAGGGCAUUGUGUACAACAUGCUGCGGCAAACGGUGGAAAACUACCCACAUGCACGCAUCUACAUCACCACAGAAGACCGCAUGAAUUAUUGCGACACCGUUUUCAAGCAGGAGACGGGCAAAGACAGGAUUCAGUCUGGGUCAUAUCUCAGCACCGGUUGGUUCACACUCAUUCUGGCCAUGGACAUGUGCAAGGAGAUCCGUGUCUACGUCAUGAUCAAUGACACAUACUGCAAAUCGGAAGGCUACAGGAAGGUACCAUACCAUUACUAUGAAGCAGGAAGUCGUGAUGAAUGUGCCGAAUACCUCUUGCACGAGAGCGCCCCUUAUGGUGGACAUCGGUUCAUCACAGAGAAGGCUGUUUUUGCAAAGUGGGCUAAGACAAACCCCAUCAAGUUUUUCAGUCCGGAGUGGCAGCUGUUAUGACCAAGACUUCCUUUCUUUCAGAAUAUCCCCUGAUACUACAGCUCUGUUGGCUCGUUCCUCCUGCAUCGUAAAGUAAUGCUCACAAAAUGUGCCACGCAAUGGCUAAACAAAUCUGUGGCAGGGGGGGCGUGGUUUAGCGAAGUCUGCAGCGGGAGAGAGGAUCGGGAGACGAGCGGUAAGUGAGUGGUUUGGGCGGAAAUUAUUAUCACCUGUUUCUUGUUCUAGUAAUUGGCGUGGAGAGGGUAUAAAACGCCAGGAGAGACGGAAGCAAGUGAGAGAGAGUCGGACUGCUGACGGGAACCGAAACCGGAAACCGGAAAGGAAAACGGAAAUAGCGCGUGAACGUGCCAGAAUAAAAGUCACCGUCUAGUGCUAGACUUUUGAGUUGUUUUGUUAUUAAAUAAAGAUACGUCAGCAGUCCAGCCGACCCCUUGUCCUCUUCCUUGCCCACACGAACUCACUACACUGGUGCCGAAACCCGGGAAGGAAGAAGGACCGUCGCCGCCGCCAUGCAAAGCCCGUCCUCCACGCCGCUUGCGGACAUCAUUUCUUCCCUUGCGGUCCUCCACCGCGAGCAACACCAGGCGCUGCUGGACCUGAGGACCGAUCAGGAGCGACGGUUCCAGGCCAUCGUCCAGGCCCAGCAGGAGGACCGCGAGAGGUUCCGGGGCUGGAUUGAUCGGGAGGUUCGCGCCGAGGCCGCCGGGGCGCCCGCCGCCCCCGUGCACCUGCCACUG